GGGAGGAGUGCCACCGGAAGGAGGCAUACCGCCAGUAGGAGGCAUACCACCAGGGGGCAUGCUACCGCUGUCAGUGCUGCUGCCAGAGGUAUUACUGUUCGAGUUCUCGUUACUGUUCGAGUUUGAGUUGCUGUUGGAGUUUGAGUUGCUAUUGGAGUUGGAGUUGGAGUUGCUGUUCGAGUUCUCGUUGCUGUUGGAGUUCUCAUCACAAUCCUCGGCACUGCUGCCAAUGCUGACACCCAUGGUGUCGGAGCCGGUUCUUUCACCAGUUGCACAUUCCUCACAGGAAUCCCCUCCCUUAAGCUGUCCGAUCCAAUUGAUGAGUGGGCCAAAGGUCCGAGCCGUCAAUUGACCAGCAUUAGACGGGUCGGAAGCUUCAAGGACCUUCCCUGGAACCGUCGAAGUACGGUGAUAAGUAGAAGGAACAGUCACCGGGACUGCAAGGGCUGUUGCCGUCAAGGCGACAGUCGAAUAAGCGAAACGCAUAUUGAAAAGAAAAAGGGAAAGAUAAUAAAGAUCGUAAGAUAGAUUUUUGUAUAGAAAGCGAAUGAAAAGAAGAGAGAGAUGCUGUCGAAGCUUGCUUGGAUGAGG